AUGGAGUGGGAUCCCAGCCGGUUCUUCCGCGCCUCCGGCAGCCCUACGCCGUAUGCUAUUCUCGUGCUCAACCAGCCCAUCAACGAGAAGGCGUUUGCGGUACUGGGUGAGCAUGCAUCUUACAUUAUCUGCGCCGAUGGCGGUGCCAAUCGGCUGUAUGAUAUGCUGCGAGGCAGCAGCGAAGAAUCUCAAAAUCUUCCCAACGCCAUCGUCGGCGAUUUAGACUCUAUUCGCCCGUCAGUGCGAGAGCACUACGAGGCGCUAGAAGUAUCUAUCCUCGAAGACCCAGAUCAAUACUCUACAGACUUCACCAAGUGUCUGGAGUACCUCAACGCGCAUGCAGCCGAGAUCAUCGCAUCUCCUCGGCGUGGAGUAUCUACAACAGAAGGAGACAGCGACAACACAGCAUCUGCCUCGACAUCAGUCCUAGAAAUUGUGAUCCUGGGUGGCCUCGGCGGACGCGUUGACCAGGCCUUCUCGCAGAUUCAUCACUUGUACAUGAUGACACAGACCCAGCAUGCAAUUCGCGAGGCCCACGAUCAUGGCAAAGGGCAAACUAUGGAUCAAUCUCAACAGCAAACAGUACCGCCUGCGGCGGGUGGAAAUCUCUAUCUUAUCUCUGAAGAAAGCAUUACCUUCAUCCUUCAAACAGGGAAAAAUACCAUCUACACGCCUGCAACAAAGCGCGCAGAUCUCAAAUCGCCUUUACCAAACACAGAGCCAGAGCCAGAGCCAGAGUAUUUCUUCGAGGAAAACAUCGGCAUCAUCCCUCUGUCUGGCCCCGCCUCAAUUACGACCCACGGCUUCGAAUGGGAUGUGCAGGACUGGCACACAGAGAUCGGGGGCCAGUUAUCGACGAGCAACCACAUCCGCUCAGAUACCGUGCAUGUCGAGACGUCGGUGCCGGUGGUGUUUACAGUGGAAUUGGCGGCGAGGCUAAAACGGAAGUGA